AUGUUGGCCCGCGUCAUCUACCUUUCUGCCAUCGCCUCGCUCGUCGCUGCUCACGGCACUAUCACCGCGGUCAAUGGUGCCAAUGGCAUCACCGGAGCCGGUAUGGGUAUCGACCCAAACACACCUCGUGAUGGUACCAAGGCGAAGCCAUUCCAGCAAGAUACUAGUAUCAUCCGUGACCGAGAAAUCGACUCUGGAAAGGUCGGACCUUGCGGUCGUACCACCGAAAAGGCUGCAUCGUCCGCCGGUCUCCCAUCGGCUACCGCUGACGGUGAAAUUCAAAUGACUCUUCACCAAGUUAACCAAGACGGUGCUGGUCCUUACACCUGCGACAUGUCCGGAGACGGCGGUGCUACCUGGCAAUCCGCUACGGUCACCAAGAACGUUCCUGGUGCUUUCCUUGGUCUCUCUACUGCGACCGCCGAGGACUUCCCUCUCAACGUCCGUGUACCAGCUAACAUGCAAUGUGCCGGUGGCCCGAACGGGGAUGCCUGCGUCGUUCGUUGCCGCAACGCUACCCCUGCUGGACCCUUCGGUUCUUGCGCCGCUUUCACUACUGCCAAUGCCGGCGCCGCGGGUGGAAACAAAGCUGCUGCCGCUGCUGCUCCCUCUACCAAGUCUGCUGCAACUGGAGGCAACACUGCUGCCGCUGCCGACGAGAACAAGCAAGGCGGUGGAAUUGGAGGUGGACUCAAGAAGCUCCUUGGUGGCCGCUCUUACCCGAACCGUCUCGAUACUUCCAAACGCGCACUCUCCAAGCCCGAGGAUUUCUCUGACGAGGACGCUAAGGAUGCCGAACUUGAGGCGAAGCUCAUUGCUGGUCUUAACAAGCGUGCUGUUUCUUCCGCUGACCAAUUCGCCGACCAAGAUGCCAAGGACGCUGAACUUGAGGAGGAACUCAUUGCUGACCUCUACAAGCGCAUGGCUCCCGUCGAGAAGAAGCGCGUCAUUCGCUCCAGGGUUGUGGGUAGCCUCAGCGGUUACUGGAUCUAA